CGUACCUGUCAUACCUCGUACCCAGUGCUCGUACCUAUCGAAGAAUAUAACAACCGAGAACCGAGACCGAGUGCUCGCGCGAGCUCGACACCGGAGAUCUUUGCUUAUCUACGUUUCCCAUCGCUUUUCUCUCGCCAGUCGGCGAUGGGCAACGCCGAUUGUUUACACGAUGGCGUCUGCCGGUGAAAACUCGACGGAAGAACGAACUGAAACCGUGCCAUCACAGCCUGUAGCCAAUGUCGUGUCAGAGGCAGCACAUAAAGUCAUAGUUAUGGACAAAGAUGCAGACCUUACAGGUGUUCCACCUAAGAAGUCUCGCGUCGAGGUUCAAUCUCUCCCAACGAGGCAAUAUCUGGAUCAAACUGUAGUGCCAAUACUACUUCAAGCCCUUUCGAGCCUCGCCAAAGAACGACCAGCUGAUCCGAUUAGUUUUUUAGCUGGAUAUCUACUAAAAAACAAAGCUCAAUACGACAACGGUGGAUCUCCCCCGACGGGCCAAUAAACAUACACUUUAUCUAAAGUAAACAGAAGCAAUUUUCAUUUCUCCAUAAGGUACCCACUGAUAUUGAGAACAAGAUAUACAAACAAUGAAUUCUAUCGAUACUAAUUUUUGAAUAAAACAAAAUGUGGACUGAAAUAUUUCUAUUUAUCAAUUGUUUAUGAGUUUUUACUUCUCAUUAAAUCUCAAGCGAACUUCAAUGUUUGAAACGAUUAUGUGAUUUAGUUCUUUGCAAAGAACUUCGAUAAAAGUAUAAAGACAAUGGUGAUGUUUUGAAUUUAAGUCAAAGAAUUCAAGAACUGUUAGCUCCAAUAACUUCACAGUUUCAUAUACAGAGUUAUGUGAAAAUAUUUUCAUUUCUGUGUUAAAUAGCACAUUUGAUCAUAUUUUAGCAACGAUCUUUUCAUUUACUUCUUGAUCACGAUGUUGAUAAUACUGACUCAAUUAUCAUUCGUGAUUGAAUAGAGAAGGAUGGUGUCACUGGAUAUUCGGGGUGAAAGAGUCUUGAAAAACUCGUUUGAUGUCUGAACUUUAAACUGUAUGUCCCUGCUAAUAAACGUAUUUUUUUAAAGAUUCCUA